AUGCACGCGCGCAACUCCGCCCGGACGCAAAUCAGUCUCGAUUUGCGGUCCUAUCGUAAUUGGUCACAUGGCGGUGUUUUAAUUAUGUUCAAAAAACAUUUCCGUUUAAUCGACUCCAGUACGGACCUUAUAGGGCGUAUUGUCUGUGCUAAAUUGAAUGUGAAUAAUAUCUCACUUAAUGUGGUCAAUGUAUAUGCACCUAGUGAUCUGGACGAAAGAAAAUCUUUCUUUCUUCAAUUACGUUCAUUUAUACCAUCUGGCAGAUGGACAUUAGUGGGUGGUGACUUUAAUUGUGUAUCUGACUCUGUACGUGACAGACAUAAUGCAGGUACUUAUACCGAUAAUAAAUCUUUUCCGAUUUUAUUACACGA